GGCGUCCCAUGUUCGUUGAUUGGAUCAGGAGAGGAGCUCGAGAAUUGGCGCUGCAUAGAGGAAUGGUUGGUCCAACAACGAAACCCUAAUCCAACUUCUCUUGCAAAGGUUGUAUAUAAUGGAAAGCGGAUCCCUGGCUCUUGCCAAUAAUAAUGUUGGCAUUGCAUGGGGCAUUAAAAGGGCCCUGAUCUUUGAAAAACGUACCUAGCCAGAUCCCAGGGCGCUGCCAAUCUGUGAGAUCCUUUGCGUCCAACUUGCUUGCCGGUCACCAGAGUUGGAUAAUCCGUUUCGCCCCGACUAUGGAUGGCUCCUCUGACCUCGCAGAUUACCACUGUCUUCGUGAACGAGUUGCAAAUCUUAAGUUCGAGCAACGUAAGGUCUCAAAAGCAGAUGAGACGGCCCUGUCAAAGCAGGAUUGGCCACAGGUUAACCAGCUCAACCUGCUGCAUCAGCAAGAAGUCAAGUCCUGGGAGGGUAAGCUGCAUGAUGCCAUGCGGCGCCUGGCAGCUCAACGAGCGGAGGUAGACAAGGAGAAGCUGGCAGCGGCGGCCCGGGUGAACAGCCUGGUGGGCAAGCUGGAGCGGCUGGAGAAGAGCAGCAAGGAGGCAGCGACACAGAUGGCGCUGGUGCAUCAGCGGGAGGUUGAUGAACUUGCUGCGAGGCAGAGGGCAGAGAGGGAAGCCUGGCAGCGCCAACAAGAAGAGCGGGAGCAGGAGCACAGGAAAGAGCUGGAAGACAAGCUGGCGCUGGUCAAAGCAAAGAGCCUGGCUGCUUGCAAAGAGGUGUUGCAAGCGGAGGCAGAGUGGAAGCAGCGGCAUGCGGCCCAGCUUCAGGAGACGAUCAAGCGGCAGGCCCGGCUAGAGGAGCUGCAGGCGAGCGUGGAGCAGCUGACCAGGACAGCGGAGGAGGCCCGGCAAGGGGAGUCACACUGGAAGGUCGAGUACGAGGCUGCUGCAGUCAAGCACCGGCGGCAGACUGCGGGGCUGCAACAGCAGCUGCAAGACUCGCGGGCUGCCUUGACGACUGCUGCCGCAGCCCACCAGGCCGACCUCGACCAGCUGCGAAUAACGCACCAGGCCGAGAUCGAUCAAUAUAGGAAACAAAAGAGCCAAGAUCUUGAGGACUUGGAGGAUCGGGUAAGGGAAACCGUCUCUCGCAAGGACGCAACGAUCACCACUCUUCAAACGGAUCUUGCCGCAACCACCAGACAACUGAAAAGUAUGGAGCACCUGCUGAACCAGCUUCGAGACGAAAGUACGACUUAGGAUUGUGGUCGAUUGGUGAACGCAGUCAGCAUCUUUGCACAACAUCGAUUGGUUGCUACCACGUCCGCCAGCCGUGUUGGAACCCCGCUCCAAGUGCAGACGGUUCUCGUGCCAAACCACAAGACCUCAUGUCGAGUUGUAAGGCCAGCGGGGGUGUAUGGAACGGGCCGUUCCAAGGCGCGCCGCACACUCAUGCAGAACCUCACGAGCAAUGCGCAUGGUUGGAACCAGAACCGUGAACCAGGC